GACAUCAGCUGAUCAGCGCAGCGCAACCCAUAAACCGAGCGGAGCCAUGGCGGUUCUGUUGAGCAGACUGCCACACAGCGACUGCCUGAACCUAUGCCACAGGGUGGUGGAUGGAUUGUGUGGGCGAGAGCCUCCCCGCUGGGCUGACUACAGCAGCACCUGGAGCCUACAGGAGUGGCUGGAGCUGCUCAGCUCCCUGACAACCCUGUUCCGCCUGGCAGUGCAGAGCAGCAACUCAGAUGAAGAGGUGCUGGCCUUGCUGUCAGAUGUGGGCAGCAGUCAUGCUAAGGCUGUGCUGAGUGUUCUGAGAAGCAGACAGGAGGAGAUCUGCCAUGCUCUGCUGGACAGAACCAACUCUAUCUCCUCUGCUACUCUGCAGGACUUUGAGUGGCAGCUUAAGUUAGCGCUGUCCAGUGACAAGAUAUCAUCGCUUCACUCACCACUGCUAAGUCUCAGUCUGGAUGUAAGAGACAAUGGAGCCCUCCAGCCUGUCACCAUGGAGUUAAGCAGAGAGGAGCUAAGCAAGCUAAUCAACGCACUAGAGGCUGCUAAUAAGGUGGUGCUGCAGUUAAAAUGAUGGCAAGAUGGCAACCACAGAACAUCGAGAGAAAGAAGUUAUCGCUCAGAAUUAUAGAGUAAUGAUUUGAUGACUUCUGCCUUUGCAACUUGGCUGUGCAUUAGCAGUGACACAGUCUAAUUUUGUUUUUGUAAUGCACUGUGUUGAAUCAUAGUGUUGAGUAAAUGUUUCUUUUCCCUUUGAGCCUGGAUUUAAUUCAAGUAGUCUAGUAGAAAAAACAGUGCCAUAUGGUGUUAGAUAACAUGGUGUGUUACGGGGGAUGCUGCCUUUGUUGAUGCUUUCAUUAUGAGUGGUAUCAUCAUAAAUGUCAGUAUUACUGAGGGCAGAUAUGAAGCAGGCUUCUUUCUUUCAUCUGUCCACCUGCAGUUAAUGUCACAUCGGCCUCUGACACCCAUUCCACUUCCCCCUCACUUCCGUUUUUCUGCUUUAGCUGCUCCCCUCUUCUCAGUUUAUAUGUCCUCGAUUUCUUACCUUGCAUCCUCGCCUUUCAUCUUAGUACUUCUCAUCUGGUCAGAUAAGGUAAAGAAAGGCCAGAGAAGACAGGAGUAGAGGCAGGAGGCAGUUAGCAAAAUGAGGCGGCGUUGCUUUGGAGCUGUUGUUUUAAAGUGAAUAAAUUGUACUUGUGGCACAGCUGUA